GAGGCGGCGCGGGCCAGACCGGGCCACCAUGGCGCUGUUGACCGCGGACCGGGCGGCGGCGCGCGCGCUGUGGAGGAAGCUGGGCAGCAACGUCGUGGUCUACGCCACCGAGGCCCUGCAGAGGACCUUCCCCUCCUUCCCCGCCACCAAGACCUACUUCCCCCACUUCGACCUGAGCCCCGGCUCCGCCCAGGUCCAGGCCCACGGCAAGAAGGUGGGCGACGCCCUGACCCUCGCCGUCGGCCACCCGGACGACCUGCCCGGCGCCCUGUCCGCCCUGAGCGACCUGCACGCGCACAAGCUGCGGGUGGACCCGGUCAACUUCAAGGUGACCGGCCGCUGUCUGCUGGUGACCUUCGCCCGGCACUACCCUGGCGACUUCGGCCCUGCCCUGCACGCCGCGCCCGACAGGUCUCUGAGCCACGUGACGUCGGCGCUGGCCUCCAAGUACCGCUGGAAUCGGGGGCAGGACCCCAGCCGCCCCCUGCCGCGAGGUCCUGCUGUUUGA